CUUACACGGUCUGCAGUGACUAAAGAGAAUUUAUUCUGAGGUUGCUGCAGUUGUUGUAAUGGAAUGUUAGGUUAUGUGACUAUCCACAUCUUAUACUGAUUCUGAAAGGGAAUAUAGUGAACUCUGCUGGUUAGUGAGCCUCUAGCACUGAUCAACAUGUUGGCAGAAGGCAUCCUAACUGGAAUCAUAUACAAAGAAAGAAAACAGAACAUAGAUAAACCCCACAAAUGUCACAUAAACAGAAAAGAUGAAAGGGAACCCUGGAAAGAUCACCUUAUAGAUACACCAGCAAUUAAAGAUUUUGCUUCAGAAUCUGAGAAGCAGAAUGAGAUCAUUGCAAAAGGUAGCAAAAUAGAAAACAAUAAAGAUCUUCAGUGGACAUCUAAAGAAGAGCUACCUGCAAAAGAACAUAGUGCUCAUGUUAAAGGAACCAUAUCUGCAGCUUUACAUAUACCAGGAAGAGAAAAAAAUCAUGAAAUCCAGCUGGAUUUGUAUAGAUCUUGGUCAUGCCACAGUAUUUAUCAAAACUAUCCUGACUUACAUAUUGGAGGAGACCAUGUAGGAGGCUAUAUGCAGGAUUCAGGUUGCAUUAUGGACCACAUAAGUGAUGAACUUGUUGAUGGCCCUGUUUUACUGUCAGGAGAUAUUCUAUUGGGUCAUUCCCCUCAAAAUGAGCCUCUUGAAAAAACAGCUACAAAGUCCUUGAAUGGUGAUGAAGGUGGAGAAAGGAGUAUGACACUCCACAAGCAGCCUCUUUCGAAUUCCGUGCUGAACAAUUACAUGGAUACAAAGGUGCAAGAGCUCUAUAAACAGUUUUUUGAAGAGAACCUGACCAGGUGUGGUUCUGUAACAAACCUUCUGACUUCCAGUUUGAUCAUGAAUAACCUAAAUCAGAUAAACCUUCAGAUCUCCCAAGAACAGACUAUAGAAAAAUCUAAAGCUAGAGAAGUGCUCUUACAGUCUCUAGCUUUGUUUAGUUUCCACAAUGCUGCCAGUGGAAACAGCUCUGAAUUUAGCACUCCAAAUUUACAGUUCUCAAACUCACUAAGCAAGAGAAAGAGCUCCCGGAUACAGUUUACAUCAUGACUGAACUGUUUGGUUACAACAGUGGUUCUCAAACUUUUGUACUGGUGACCCCAUUCACACAGCAAGCGUCUGAGUACGAACCCCUUAUAUUAAAGAAGUGUUUAAUUUAUAUUUAACACCAUUAUAAAUGCUGGAGACAAAGCAGGGUUUGAAAUGGAGGCUCACAGCUCGCAACCCCCCAUGUAAUAAUCUCGCGACUACCUGAGGGGUCCUGACCCUUAGUUUGAGGAUCCCUGAGUUACAGCCUAGUCUUCAGCUGCCGUCUCUUCUCUUUCAGGAUUAGUUUGUGAAAUGUACCAAAAUUAGACACUACUGACUUCUUAAAAUAAAUUUUGACAUUUAAACCACACUUUGUGGUGCCACUUCAUUGCUUGUUACCGGACUAAGAUAACGAUCAUGUGCCUUUGUGUUGUUGAAUGUAAUCCAAAUGAAAUUUUUUACAAAAUCCUAUUGAGCCAGAUUUUCAAAGUGGUUUAAGACCAGCUUCUAAAGAGUCCAUCCCUGCCAACACCUAGUAUGUGAGUAAUUAUACAUAGGACUAGUACUUAUUCAGUUAAAGUUAGUCACGUGCAUUAAUGUAGGUAAGAUAGUCCUCUAAGAAAUUAAUCGAGAACCCAAUGAAAUCGAUGGUUAGACUCACACUGAUUUCAGUGGUCUUUGGAUCAUGCCAUAAAUUUCAACCCAUAAUUUUGUGCAUUUAAAUUUAGAGGUUGCUAUUGCAGAUUUCACCCAUUAUGUCUGAGAAAAUGGGCUUCUCUUUUGAAAAUCCUGUUUAACAAUUUGGUUUAUUCUGCAUAGCAUUUUACAUAUAUCAAAUGUAUAUAAAAAUGUUUAUCAGAAAGGAAACCCAAUGAGCACACUCUAUAGCAGCGGUGUCCAGUACUUUCGCCACUAUCCACAUGUGGCUAAUAGGCUAUUGAAUUGUGGCUAAUGCAUGUGGCUUUUUUAUAAUGUGGCUAAUAAGAAAAAUUCAAAACCACAAAUGUGGCUAGCAGUGUGGCUAGCAUUGAAUUUCUAUUGGACACCGCUGCUCUAUAGAAAGAUGUUAUGUGCAUUUAUAUGAGGUUAAUAAUACAUGUUUUGUAUUAUACAGGUAGAGUAUAUUACGAUGGAAAACUACAGAUACAUCAGCUUCUAAAAAUUUAACAGAUCAAGUUUAUAAAAUGUUAAAAGUAUUUCAGGUUUCAGAGGAACAGCCGUGUUAGUCUGUAUUCGCAAAAAGAAAAGGAGUACUUGUGGCACCUUAGAGACUAACCAAUUUAUUUGAGCAUGAGCUUUCGUGAGCUACAGCUCACUUCAUCAGAUGUUUACCGUGGAAACUGCAGCAGACUUUAUAUACACACAGAGAAGUAUUUCAGUUACUGUAAAGGUGUCAUUUCUAUUCAUUUAAAAUGUCAUUUACUUAAAUAAAAGUUUCCAUAUAUUAUACAACAAAAUCCACUCAGAUUCCCAGAAUAUAUCAAAUAAUUACUUCUGCCUACCAUUUGCAUUAUAAAAAUAGGACUCCUUGUUGUCUUUUUCUGAAAAAUACACCCUUAUGACCUCAGCAAGUUAAGUGUGUGUUGCAAGGUUACUGAAACGCAAAGAUAUUGCAAGUUUUGUUCCUAUUACCCUAAAUCAGUGGUUCUCAGAGUUUUGUACUGAUGAUCACUUUCACACAGCAAGCCUCUAAGUGCGACCCCCCCCCUUAUAAAUUAAAAACACUUUUUAUAUAUUUAACACCAUUAUAAAUACUGGAGGCAAAGCAGGGUUUGGAGUGGAGGCUGACAGCUCGUGACCCCCCAUGUAAUGAACUCGUGACCCCCUGAGGGGUCCCAACCCCCAGUUUGAGAACCCUUGCCCUAAAUGUUACAUGCAUAUUUCAUUAGGAAAAUUUGUUUACUUCGCCUGCAGCCAUCCUUUCCUGCUGCAAAGGUCUUUUGUUGUAAAUUAUCACUAUGUUGAUAUUAUACUAUGAUGAAUGAACUGAAGUUUGAUAUCUCAAUUGUACAAGCAAGUUUUCUCUCAGUGGGUAAGCUACUGCUCUGACACACCAAAACCAAUGAGGUAUUUUGAGGCACCUGCAGUUCUGUGCCUCCAAUCCUGAACUCAGUGGAUUUACCAGUGUAAAUGCUAGCAGAAAAUGUGGCUUUUUAUUUAACCUUUAGGCUAAUGAUAAACUUUCAGAAUGCAUGCUGUACUGGUAGUUAAACCAUUUUAUCCAGAGUUACUGAUGUCAAGCAACACCUAGAUAUAGGACGCUGUUUUAUAAAUUAGUGCUUCUCAGUGAAAUUUAAUGUGUAAUAGUUGAUGUAAAACAAAGUAUUUUUUUCUUCUGAAACAUCUGCUAAACUGUGUAGCACACAGAUUCUAAAUCUGUCAACCCUCAAAGGGAAUGUGAAGGAUCUUGUGACGUUUAAGUAAUGAUAUGUCAAAUGCUAAUAUCUUUGUGUUUAUAAAUCAAGAUCCUCUUCAUCUGAUUGGUACUUUGCAAAGAGUAAAGUGUUUCUU